UUUCCUGCUUGUAGAUUGGAACCGGGAGAGAGAGAACUCUGUUACUCGCUCCGUCUCCAACUUUCAGAGGAAGUUACCACCUCUUCCCCAGACCCUGUACACAUACUCAGGCAAACACACGCUCUCUUCAGGACUUGACCACAGCAGCAACAGAGCAACAGUCAAGGCUGCUUUUAAUGCCGUGCUCUUUUUUUUUCUUUUCUCUAAUUCAAAAUUUGGAGGGAAAGAAGAUUAAGAUUUGCAGUUUGCUUUCUGUGUGGACUGAACAGCUUCUCUCAAGAGUGACGGGGUGGCCAAAUCAGCUAUUUAGCCUGAAGACCAAAGAUCACAAGCCGUGAUCCAACAGCAGAGACAAAAGAGGAGCGUGAUAACUUUGCAUCUGUUCUCCAACUUCUCAGAACAAUAUGAGCUGGAACUGAAGCCCCAUAGUUUCAUUUUUGUGGUGUAAAAGAAGAAACCGGAGUCACUAUGGAUGUGAAGAAAAAGGAAAUGGACCUCCUAAGUAACAGCAUAGCUGCCUAUGCACACAUUAAAGCAAAUCCAGAGAGUUUUGGCCUUUACUUUGUGCUUGGAGUGUGUUUUGGCUUGAUACUCACACUCUGCCUACUGGUGAUUCGGAUCUCCUGCAAGCCACGCACCACCAUUACCCCCUCCACUCCUGAGAAAAAAAACUUAAAGGACAUCAACGAGGAAGAUGAGGACAGUGAUGACGAUGAUGAAGAUGAAGAAGUGGACGAUGUAGAGGCGACUGUUCCGUUGCCCACCACAGAAAUCUCUGUUGGCAAUCACACCAGCCAGUCGGACGGGACACUGAGCGUGAAUGUGUUUACUUCAGCCGAAGAGCUGGAGCGUGCACAGCGACUGGAGGAGAGGGAACGCAUCAUCCGAGAGAUCUGGAGGAACGGCCAGCCAGAUAUCCUGGGGACAGGAACGGGAACUAUUGGAAGAGUGCAUUACUACUAAGAAACAUGAGGCUAAGGAAAGUGAGCCCUGAGAAGAUAAAACAUAGACUUUUGGGUGGGCCUGGAGUCCCUCAAGCCCAAGAGCCUGCGUUAGAUACAAAGUGACUGGAAAUUAGUCAUAUUUGACAUACUUAGCUCUGACAGAGCAGACUGAGAUAUUGCACUUCUUAUGUAGCAUCGAUAAAUCUGACUGAUUAACCAAACCAAUGGAGGUCUUAAAGACUGAAUAAUUCAUAUGGAAGAGGUGUGGAGUGAAUGUGGGGAAUGAUGGGACACUUGAAGUAAUCAGUCUAUUAAACUUGGUGCUUAAUUACAGAAAUGAAAACUAGAUUUGUGUAUGUAAUAAAUGAAAAAUGAAAGUGUCAAUAAGUAAAAAAGAAAUGUUUGUUGAAACAAAGACUAUUUCCGCUAACAAUUCUGACCUUAUAGGAUAAUGACUUUGCAGGAUAAAUCAAAGCACUUCACGAGCAUAUAUACGUGUAUUCUACAACACCAAUCAGAUACUGAAGUCCAAAGGUUUAUACUGAUCAGCUUCAAAAUGAAACUCUCUAUCUAAUAUUGUUGAUGUUCUUCCUGCACUGCUAAAACAGCUCUGAAAUGUGGAAGAAUAAAUGCCACCUUUGUAAGGCUUGCUGGGAUGUGAGGAGCAGGCACUGAAUUUUAAAAUAAAAUCAAGACCUCAAGGUUUUUCAGGAAGAACAUUAGUAUUGUAACAUGAUAUCCAGUGCUAAUCAUAUAUUAAUGCUGUGGCUGAUCAGUGUGUACAAAUCCAAUAUCAUGUAAAAAAAAAUAAAAAAAAAUAAGCACACAUGUCAAAAUGUCAGACAAACACAAGAAGAAUCACUGCACCUUUGGGCCAUAAAUAUAUUUUCAAUAAUAAUCAUGAUAAUAAUAAAGACGGAGAAAAAGAAAAACAAUCCCUAAUUUGUUUGAAUAAUGAAAAGAUCACCUUUGCCACUUUUAUUUCUCAGUAUCUCCUAUGUGACUUAAAAAGUUAAACAAAUACAGUGUGAAAAUAAAAGAAUUUCAUCACAAACAAUCCUGUGAUGUUUGCUGCUUUUUACAGCCUGUUUUAAUCGGAUCUGUAAAGGGAGUGACUCAGAAAGAAAGAAAGAGAAAAGUAUAACUUAUAACGGGAGAAAGGCUCCUCACAGUUGCUGCUUGAUGCACAUUUGAUCUUGAUACAAAUGUUCAGUUCGGUUCUUGGCCACUUUAACACAGAGUUUUCCUUCACCCACGGACAUCUGCAACCUACAACAUCUUAAUGCUUCCCUCCACAAAGCUAAGUAGCCUGCUAGCUUUUUAAUCUAAUACAUGCUAACUCUGCUACCUGUUGCUGCUGCCUUUGCAGUUGAAGUUGAAGCAGGGUUGGAGUAAGGGACUUGUUUAGGUUCCAUUUACUCUCUGGUCUACACCACAGACCUCUAGCGCUAAGAUUUGUUUGACAUGUUCAGCGACUUACGUGACCUGUUGGUUUUACGUGUUUAACUUCGAAUUAUUCCAUAUAUGUAAGAUGGGCAUUAGGAUGUUGUGUGCAUGCUAGCUUGUUAGUGCAGCACAGAGUUAGGCUGCUCACCUGCAGUUUUGUUUGUUUGCUUGUUUGUUUGCUUGUUGUUUUUUCGGCUCUGCCUGCUAAUAUCUGCUAAAACUGCUCAUUUGUUGAUUGAUAACCUUUGAUAUGCUCGUUGCUAAUCUCUGCUCCUGCACCCCAUUCCUUAUUUACUUUCCACUUAAAUGCUAACCUGCUAACCUCUUCUCUUAUUCUGUUGACCUUAUGGCUGAAUUGUUUUUACUGUUUCAUAUGCCCAUUAUGAAUUUUUUUUCGUGCUUUUGAUGCAGAUUUAGAGAAAGAUAAUCACAGUGUUAAUGGAUGAAUUGGUUUUGGAUGCGUCCUGUGGUGGAAAGGGUCUCCCAAGUCUGGGUCACUGCAAGGCUAAUGCUGUAAACCUGGAUGUAGUUUAAUUAGACACAAAGUAGUUAGCCAGUUAUUAGUGAAAAUGAAAUUGAAUUUAAUGCAACAAUGACGCUUGCAACCUUCUGCUGCACUCAUUGCCCAAUUUCUCUGAACUAGGUUGUAUAUCCUGGGAUUGGAGGUGUUUUAUUUAGAGCUGACCACACAGGCCAUUAGCAUGUCUGAUGCACACAAGGUGCUUACUUGGCAGCCUAAUUCCAUCUGUGGUCUCGUGCAGGGUAAUGGCCCCAAACGCUCCACAUAAUGACCAAAGUCAGACUCUGUUUCUAAUGUGGUCUUCAGAGACGUGUUAUCAUCACUCCCACAGCUCAGCUGCUCUGAAUUUCAGAGCUUAGAUGUCCAAUAUCAACUCUGUGUAUUAGUGUAAUAAAUCUGUUCCAUGUGAGUUUGUAGCUUGGAACAAUGUUUGGUUGCCAGUAAAGACUUACAGAACAUUGA